CGAACCGAAGCUUCAGCAGCUGCACGGAGUCUCUCUGCGACAGAGAAUAAGACAGGACAGAGACACGGAGACACGGAUUUGUCCAGGAUUGUGUGUGUGUGUGUGUGUGUGAGAGAGACUUUGGGACAGAGAGCUGCAGUAAACUGCUUGUCCAUUUUUAAAGCCCUCCUCAGCUCCACUGACCGCACACAGCAGGAUGUCAACACAUUUCAGGAGCGGCCCUGCCUUCGGACUUUCUGCCGAGGUCAAGAGUAAACUUGCAGGGAAGUACGACCCCCACAAGGAGGAAGAGCUGCGGCUGUGGAUCGAGGAUUUGACCGGGAAGAAGAUGGGAGACCACUUCAUGGAGAGCCUGAAGGACGGAGUCCUGCUGUGCGAACUGAUUAACGUGAUGCAGCCGGGUUCUGUGAAAAGGAUCAACCACUCCCCUCAAAACUGGCACCAGCUGGAAAACAUCGGGAAUUUUGUCCGCGCGAUCACGGACUUCGGCCUGAGGCCACACGACAUCUUUGAGGCCAACGAUCUGUUUGAGAACGUGAACCACACUCAGGUCCAGUCCACACUCAUCGCUCUGGCUGGAAUGGCCAAGUCCAAAGGCUUCCAGUCCAAAUACGACUUAGGGGUGAAGUACGCCGAGAAGCAGCAGCGUCGCUUUGCUCCGGAGAAGCUGAAGGAGGGACGCAACGUCAUAGGCCUGCAGAUGGGCACCAACAAGCUUGCCAGCCAAAAGGGCAUGACGUCAUACGGCACACGGCGCCAUUUGUAUGACGCCAAGAUAGGCAUGGACAACCCAGUGGACCAGUCUACCAUCAGCCUACAGAUGGGCACCAACAAAGGAGCCAGCCAGUCCGGCAUGACGGCUCCAGGGACCAGGAGACACAUCUUUGACAAGAAGCUGGAGCUGGAGAACUGUGACACCACCACCAUCUCUCUGCAGAUGGGCACCAACAAAGUGGCCUCGCAGAAGGGCAUGACCACCUACGGCCUGCCGCGCCAGGUGUUUGACAACAAGUACUGCGCCAACCCCACUGAGCCCUGCGACAACGGCAGUGAGCUGGAGUUUGACGGCUACAACCAGUACUCCGACUAAAGUGUGACUGUAUGAGAACACGGACAGCUGCACCGCUCCACAACUGACUUUUAUUUAACACUGAUUGAUAUCAAUGUCGUCUUUACUGCCCUUUUUUUUUUAAUCUUAAACCUAUUUUUUACUCUAUUUUAGUAAAACAAUAAAAGUGUUUACAUUGACCUGACCUUAAAAAACUUUAAUGCAGUGAUCAACUUCUCCAUCUCACUGCACUGGUAAGAAAAAAAUACCCACAACACUCUGCAAUUUAACAACCUUCAAUAUUUAUAGAUUUUUUUUGUUCUACUGCUUUUUCUACUCGCGUUGUAAUUAUACAUUAUUAAUUAUUAAUGCCCCUCACUUCACCUCCCUUACCCCCAGACCAGUUUGAACACUGAUGAAACAGAAUUUGAAAUUCCUCAAAAGGAAACAUGUGACCGUGUGUUGGUGCUAUUGAACUUUGACCCAGCUGGAACAACACCGGGGCCCCCCGCAGGCUCCAGGAUUCCAUUGCUCGGGGAUGACGGAUGCUCGGGUCCGCAGGUUUGCCCGGGGCGGAUGAUGCAGGAGGACUUGUUGCUUUGUGCGGACAUUGCUUGGUUUUAUGAGCACCUGCGCUGAGAAAUCACCAUGUUCACAUCACAAGCCUGGUUAAAGAAAUUCCCUUUUUGACACUUUUCAAGGAUGUGACUUAUGUGCAGCAUGGGCUUUUAUUUGAGCAAUAAGGAAAAGUAGCACUUUUUUGUCAGACAAUGCAUUUUACAAGACAAAAGUAAAUGUCGCUGCGUUGUGACGUCCAGGUCUCAUGUCAAGGGUAAAGUUAGUCACCAGUCGUCUUUUCUUCCGUCCUCUAGGAAACUUUUUUUUUUGCUUUCUUGCUGUUGCUCCAUUUGCACUUUAGCCGGCCUCACCUUGUGUGCAGUAAAACAGUGGUAGGAUGUAACUAAGUACAGUUACUAUGAUAAAGUACUGAGAUACUUAAAUCUUUACUUCUUGUUUACCAUCCUGUGCCGUUGUAUCCUCCACUACAUUUUCAGUCUUUUGUGUUUAUUGAAAACCAGGUUUUACAUACAAAUUAAAUCAAUUUAUAAAAUACUUAAUAUAAUAGUUGUUAAACCACUUUUCUACAUACUGAAGCUUCAUUUUUACACUGUGGCAUUCCUACUGUUGCGUGUCCAUAUUGUGCGACUACUUUGCCCGCCACUGGUAAAUGUAAGGCAGCACCAAAGCAGACAGACCUGUCUGCUGAUGAUUGCUGAUAAUUCUCCUUUUCAAGAGUCUGCAUCGUACUGUUAACCCACCGAAUGUCUUGAAUGUAAUGUUUUCUGGUUGUAAGUGCCACUGGUUGUCGCAUGAUUUGCUUUUCACACAUUCAGGGUGCAGAAGUGUUUGAUAAACUCAGGAGAGGAGGGUCAGACACGCGUGGUCUCACACUUCAAAACCUAAAAUGACUGACUUUGAAGUAAAUGGACCAGUGUAUCUGAGCUCCUUGUCUCGUGAAUGCAUCACAGAUAUGGACAUGUCGCAGAGUGCCAUCUAGUGGGGAAAAGUACACAUGCAGGUAUGUGUUUUUGGUCCAAUCAACGUAGGAAUGUAGAUUAUUUGUUGUUGCUUUUUUUUUUUUUAUAUACCAUUAUUACCAUCCUAUGAUAUUAAGAAAGGCAAUAAUACUGAGUAAAUUUAUUGCAAUAUUUCAUCUAAUGUGUUUGCUUUGUUCCAACGACACUUCUUCUUUGUUAACCUUUUUUUUUUUUUAAUAUAUGCCUUUCACGAAACAUGACAUUUGUGCAAUAAAAACACUUCAAAAAUA